ACAAACACAUUGAAUCGGAAUCCCCCCUGAUCACAAUUGCGUAAAUAUUCGUUCGUAUAUAUAAGCAGUAGCGAAGGAGUGGCAAUGAAUUUUUUUAAAUUCUGCCGAAACCACGUUUUCGUACAGUACAUUCGCAAUGUUACCUCUAACAUGGAUUUUGGUCGUCAUCGCCGUUAGUGGUGCCAAUGCUGAAAUAACGCAAAAUGACGGAGAUGUUGAUAUCACGCAGCAUCCAUAUGUUGUGUCGAUCAGAAAGAACGGCAAACACGUAUGUUCCGGCGCUAUACUUGACGAGUAUCAUAUCGUCACCUCAGAUCGAUGUGUUCCACCGUUCAAGCAUAUCUGGAACGUUUUGAAUAAUGUAGUUAUAGUGAGCGGCACGAGCAGCCUCAAACCCGGCGGUGUUCGUAUCUAUGUUAAAGAAAUGUUCUCGCAAAAUCAUCACGUUAACCCACUUGAAAAUGAUGUCACCAGCGGACUUGGUGUGCUUAAGCUCAUACAACCACUUCAAUUCAAUGAGAAAGUGCAGCCAAUUGCAGUAUCUGAGACAGAAGUGCCUCUGGGUGCGCAAUUGCAGUUAGUUGGUUGGAUGAUAGCCGAUCGUGAAGAAAAGAUGACUGCGAAUCUAAAGCAAGUAACGUUAGCAACGACAGAUCCUCAAGAAUGCCAGUCCUUCCACGAGAAAAAGCUCUCUAAGUCUGAAUUCUGCACUCGAGUGAAAUCCGGAAGUAAUUAUUGCAAGGGUGACAGUGGCAGCCCUCUGAUUUAUGAAGGCAAACUUGUCGGUUUAGCUACCUAUGGUAUUUCAUGCAUCGAAACUCCGGUUCCAGAUGUUCAUACCAGCAUAAGUGAAAAUAUCGAAUAUCUCAACGAGCUAAUUAAAUCAUAAAAAUUUAUUCACGUUCUAUUUUUUAUUUUUAUUUUAAACGCAAAGUUUACGGAUGAACGGAUAUUCAGACAACAUUGAGGAAUAAUGAUACCAGAAUAAAUGUAUCACAAUAAAUGUUAUCACAAUAUAAAACAAAUUACUUAAUUAUAUAAAAAUAUUGUACAAUAAUAAUUUGUAAUGCAUAAUCAAAAUUGUGUUCUUGACAAAAAUUAAUUUAAAUUAAUGGAAAGUUAAGUUUUCAUGUUAUUCGGUACGUUAUCGACAGCAAAAAUAUUAACUGCCGAUUAUGCCUCAAAUAUCACACUCGUAAUAAUGUAUCUCUGAAGAACACCUAAGCCAGAUGUAUCAUUUACAAUAUGUAGUAAUAAUUUGCUUGUACGACCUAUUUUAUAAUAAUUACAAAUAAUAAACUUUCAAGCAACAGUUAUAAUAU